AUGAAAGAGUGUCUUGGAUCACCAUUACAGCCCUCAACACCAUUACAACAUGCACUCAAGGAGCCAUGCAAAAGUGUAGGGUUAUCACUUGGAUUAACCAUGCGAGAGCUAGGAGAAAGUAUCAGGAAUAUGAAAAGAUGCCAAGCAAAAGUCCUAAAGUUGGAGUCCAUUAAACUAGAGCUCAAUCUACUUUCAACUUCACAUAAACUACGAGGGAUUGCAAAUGUUGAAUCUCUUGCCAUAGCAAACUUCUUGUUUCUAUUAAUGGAAAUAGUUGAUAAGGUAGAAGUUUUGGCCAAAGAAGUGGAAGAACUUGGAGAGGUGGCUGGUUUUCAAUCUAAAUAG